AUGAAGGAGGUCACGCGCAAGAUGAUGACCGACGUGGCGGUCUUUGCCAUGAGCCAGGUCGCCUUCUACUACGCAUUCAAAUUCGUCAUGACGUCUCUCGACCCGAAUCGACAAAAGCGCCAGGACUCGAAGAAGGUCGCCGACGCCAAGCUGGGCAAGCUCGGAAUCCGAGGCAAGGACCUGCAGCUGAACGAAUACGAGGAGCAAAUCUCCGCCGAGCUCAUCUUGCCAGAAGACAUUCCCGUCGAUUUUGCGUCCAUUGGAGGUCUGGACGGUAUCAUUUCUUCGCUGCAAGAGAGCGUCAUCGCCCCUCUCUGCUAUCCGGAACUCUUUGCCAAUGCGAGUGGGUUGCUCGGAGCACCCAAGGGAGUCUUGCUGUAUGGUCCGCCGGGUACAGGAAAGACCAUGCUGGCGAAAGCGCUCGCAAAGGAGAGCGGCGCCACCUUCAUUAACAUGCACGUUUCGACCCUCACCAACAAAUGGUUCGGCGAGUCAAAUAAGCUCGUCGCCGCGCUUUUCAGCUUGGCACGCAAGCUUCAGCCCUCCAUCGUCUUCAUCGACGAGAUCGACAGCUUCCUUCGCGAACGAGCUAGUGGCGACCACGAGGUGACAGGAAUGAUGAAGGCUGAGUUCAUGACUCUGUGGGAUGGGCUGACGUCCUCAACAGACCGUAUCAUGGUGCUGGGCGCCACGAACCGACCUAACGAUAUCGACUCGGCCAUCCUACGUCGAUUGCCUAAGAGAUACGCCGUCUCGCUGCCGAGUGCUGCCCAACGCGAAAAGAUCCUCUCGCUCAUGCUUGAGGCUACAACGCUCGAUCCAAAUUUCAAGAUGUCCGAGCUGGUCAAGCGCACCGAGGGAUACAGUGGCAGUGAUCUCAAGGAGCUCUGCAGAAAUGCAGCCAUGAGACCGGUGCGCGAGUUCCUGCGUAGCAAACAAGGUCGUGAAUCGGUGGCCGAAAGGAGACGUCUCGCAACCGCCGGUGUAGGUCUCAAUGGGAAGUCGAGCGUCGACGGCACGCCCAACGGCACCUUGACUCCCUCUGAAACGGAUAUCGUACCGACCGCCUCGGCUGCUGCCAAGAUCGAGUCAAGACCGCUACGGAACUCGGACUUCUUCGUCAUCGACUCCGCAGCGACACCAGUCAAUGGCUCAAGGUCGGCACCCAUGGCUGUUGACGACGAGCCUUUGGACUGA